GGAAGUACCCCAAAUUCAAGACGCGACAGAAUACCGAGUAACGACAGAAUGAGUGCUGCAGUAAAGCCUGUCCCAGUGAGGACGUCGUUCCCUCCUAAUCAAACCAUUUACAUCACCAAUUUACCUUCGUCGAAGAUUCAAAAAGAUGAUUUACGAAGAGAACUCUACACAUUAUGCUCGACUUACGGCCCAGUCCUCGAUGUCAUAGCUCUUAAGUCAAUGAAGAUGAGGGGCCAAGCACAUGUAGUGUAUAGAGAUAUCCAGACCGCGACUCAAGCUAUGAGAGCAUUACAAGGAUUUGAGUUUCUUGGACGUGAAAUGAAUAUCCAAUAUGCCAAAUCAAAGUCAGACACCAUCGCCAAGUUGGACGGUACUUUCCGUGUGCCUUCUGCAGCAGCGGCUGCAGUCACGGCCACAGAAUUGCAGCAAAGUAUUUUCAAUGCGCCACCUUCCGCAGCUAUCACUACGAGCAAUUUACCUCCUCCACCACCGCCAUCAACCCUCCAAGUUCCAGCUCCCACCUCUGAUCACGCUAUGGAAGAUGCAACAAGCCCAAGUGCAAGUGUUGCUGGACAGAAAAGACGCAGGGAUGAAGAGGAGGAAGAAGAUAGUGAAGGAGACGUUGCAAUGGAGGAAGACAGUGAUGACGAUUAGCGACUGAUGAUAUUGCAUGGCAACGGCGUUGGGGGAUUUGUUUGAGGCGUAUUGGUUUUGGUCACACGGUUAUCGACUAAAAUGGAUCUAAAGGGCUACGGCUCCUAUACAAUUCGCAUA